AUGAACCAGCUUUUUGUACAGACAGAGAAGAUAGCGGAUCCUCGGGAGGGAAAGCUUCAGGUGGUAUCGAACAUAGACGUGUGCACUAAGAUAGCCGAGUUCCUGGAAAGCACGCUAGGGCCCUAUGGGAUGGACAAACUGUUCGCAGGGAAGGAAAUUGUGGUAACGAAUGACGGGGCAACGAUACUCAAACACAUGAAAGUAAAGCAUCCUGUAGGGAAGCUUCUAGUUGGGCUGUCUGAGUCGCAGGACAGCGAGGUUGGGGACGGGACGACCAGUGUUGUGGUUCUAACUGCAGAGAUAUUAAGCUGUCUGAAGUCGCUUAUCAAGGACAAUUUUGAUCUUGAAUCCAUCAGAGAGUGUCUUUCUGAGCUUAGGGCGGUGUGUAUUGGGCAUGUGGAGAAAAUAAGUAUGGAGGUUGAUGACGAAAUGCUUUACAAGAUGGCUGAGACUUGUGUUACCUCCAAGAAUAUCAGGCAUGAAAAGAAGUACUUUUCACGGAUGAUAGUUGAUACAGUAAGGCAGGCAAAGACAGAUAACAUGGAGUCUAUUGGAAUAAAGAAGGUGCAAGGAGGAAGCAUAGGGGAUUCGAUUGCUGUGAACGGUAUUGCAUUUGAGAAGUGCUUUACUUAUGCAGGAUAUGAGCAACAGCCAAAAAGAAUUGAAAACCCAAAGAUUGUGUGUUUGAAUGUGGAACUUGAGUGGAAAAGUGAGCGUGAUAAUGCAGAGAUAAGGGUUGGCGGUGUUGAGGAAUAUCAAAAGGUUGUUGACGCAGAAUGGGCUAUUAUCAGGCGGAAGCUAGAUGAGAUAAUAGACAGUGGGGCGAAUGUGGUUUUGAGCUCGCUAUCUAUAGGGGACUAUGCUACACAAUACUUUGCAAGGCAUGGAAUAUUCUGUGCAGGAAGAGUUUCGAAGGAUGAUCUCAGCAGGGUGGUUGGAUCGUGUGGAGGAAGAAUACUUGGAUCUACGGAUUACUUGGAAGGCAGUCUGGGGUCGUGUGAGCUCUUUGAGGAAAGACAGCUGGGAAAGCUCAGAUACAACUAUUUUGAAGGGGGAGGGAUGCAGGCAUGCACCAUAAUACUUCGGGGGCCUGGGCAAGAGGUUCUUGAGGAGAUUGAAAGGGCUGUCCACGAUGCAAUAUGUGUUGUCAGGACUGCCCUAAAGACUAGAAAGGCUGUUUGUGGGGGAGGAUCUGUUGAAAUGGAACUAUCCAAAGCCGUUAGAGAGAAGUCGAUGGAAUAUGGAAACAAGAAGGUGUUUGUUGCAAAGGCCGUGGGACAGGCGUUUGAGAAGAUUCCUCUCCUUUUGGCCAGGAACUUUGGGUUUGACACCAUCAGCGUAAUUCAGGACCUCCGAAAAAGACAUGCCAAUGGAUCUGCCUAUCAAGGAGUCAGCAUUGGAGGAGUCCAAGACAUGAGGGAUCUUGGUAUAUACGAGCCCCUUGAGGUCAAGAAGAAUAUGAUCAAGGCGUCCCUCGACGGAGCAGCCUCGAUUAUCAUGAUUGAUUCGACCAUCAUGGCUGAGAAGAGUCAAUAA